GUCAGGAACCUGUGACAAAAAGCCAGAAGCCUUGGACUUCUGUGUUGCUGGAAUACAGCGGACUGUACAAAAAUAAGGCUUGCAUCUGUUUCUCUGCCUACUUUUGCCUCUGGUCCCACCCAUUAUUUGCAUGAGGCUCCUGGAAGAUUUGCCAUGCCGGAAUGUGGUCCUCGGGCUGAAAAGUUUCCCUGUCACAGCUUUCACCCAUCACAUGGUGGUUUGCGAGGUGGGCCUCUUCCUGCUUGCCUCCUAGUAAGCAGUCCUUCAUUAAAUACAUUUUCAUUACCUCCUGUAUACCCUCCAGUAUACCCCAUUAUGUAGGUGUUGGUUGAUUGAGAACACAACUAUCCAAUGCAUCCUCUCUGUCUUGACAGCUCUGAGCUUUUGCUGUUGCUUUUGACUCAAGAAAUGUUCCUGGUGUUGUUUUCUGGACGGCUGGGGUCAUAUGUACUUCAGGGACCUCGUUUCAAACCUCAGCUUGGCUAUGAGCAUGCUUGUUGGCCUUCUGAAAUGUCUCGAAGAUGGAAGUAAUAAUGGCUCAAGCCAAUAAGACAGUGUUAGAAACUCAAUUAUACAAACUAGGCGCCAAAUGGUUCCUUAAAGCAGGGUGGUUGUUGUUGUUGUUGUUUUGUCGUUUAGUCGUGUCUGACUCUUCGUGACCCCAUGGACCAUAGCACGCCAGGCACUCCUGUCUUCCACUGCCUUCCGCAGUUUGGUCAAACUCAUGUUCGUAGCUUCGAGAACACUGUCCAACCAUCUCGUCCUCUGUCGUCCCCUUCUCCUUCUUGUGCCCUCCAUCUUUCCCAACAUCAGGGUCUUUUCCAGGGAGUCUUCUCUUCUCAUGAGGUGGCCAAAGUAUUGGAGCCUCAGCUUCAGGAUCUGUCCUUCCAGUGAGCACUCAGGGCUGAUUUCCUUCAGAAUGGAGAGGUUUGAUCUUCUUGCAGUCCAUGGCAUUCUCAAGAGUCUCCUCCAGCACCAUAAGCAGGGUUACAGUUGCCAAAACGGAAUGCCUAGUUGCCGUUUUUGGACCAGAUGGUUCAAAAGUCGUAUUUUUCCAGUAUGAUGUUUUUGUUCCUGAAAUUCAUUCUGAUUGUGCAGAUACGAUAUAAUGAAUAGAAUUCUAUAGAAUGUGUUGCCAGUGUGAAAACAGUCAAGAUUCAAGGAUGCACCUCCAGAUGGUGGAGACGUCAGGCGCCAUCCUAGUGCCCUGGCACUGAUAGCCAGGUGCAAAAUGCUUGUCGCACCUGACAAAUUUUGAACGCUGCAAUAAGGAUACUGUAAAGUCGAAAUAAAAAACAGGUGCAAAGCGCCUUACAAGCUAAAAGCACAUUUGAACUUUAGGGGCAGGGGCUGCCGGUAGUUUGGUGCCCAACUGAGCUCCAUAAUGAAUGGUCUGGAGUGCAUCGUUAGCCAAACCUGCAUUCCCAUCUUCUCUUUUCCAGGGUUUGUUAUGCUUACAGGAUUAUGUGUGACUGUGCAAUGUUGUCUCUUUACGAAAGAGGAGAAAGCCUGGUGUGGCUUACUUAUACAUGGAGAUGAGCUGUAUUUUUUUGUGAAUUAGGUUGGCUAGACAUUUGAACGCAUCAAAUCAAGAGUACGGUAGCUGUGUUUAAGCCAGCCUCCGACUGUUGAGAAGUCUGAAUCUGUUUGGAAACUGAUGAUGUCCUGGAGGGGAUCUUCUAGGCAAGCACACAGAGAAGCCCAAUACCCUGGCUGCCUUUCCUGUUGCUCCUGAACCACAGGUCCCUACUAAAUGAGACUUAAGAUAAGCAGGGAGAAGGCUUGGUCAGGCCCUGACCUCCUUACCGGUAGCUUCAGAGAUGGAGACUACACCACCAGGUGCCUUCAGAGCAUCUGAUAGCAGCUUGCAAGCUAAUGAUGGGGGAUAAUAAAAAACCCCUCUUCAGAUGCUAAUCUGAAGUGUUGGUCCCAAGGCUGACAUAAACUGGGAGUGGAACACCUGGCGUAAUUUGUGAGCAGCGCCUUCUUAGAGAGUAGGCAAUACACUGCAGCCUUUCUCUUACGGUUUAUAGCUUCCUCAAGUCUACCACUGACUCUUCUCUUCCCAGUCAUAACAUGUAAAUGCACUUGUUUCGAUCAUAAACGUCGCUUCCCCUCUGGACUUUCGCUUGUGAUGAGUUUGGCCUUUGAAACCAUAGCUGGCAAGUUCUCUGCAGUGCAUUUCCUCUUUAAUAAAUGGAUAAUCUUUUGCUUCGGGGACUGGGUGUGUUUGGGAUACUGAGUAGUGCAAAGGAGGGAAGGAGUGUCCAAACAGCUAGGGAGUGAAAGAGUCUCAUUCACUAGUUGUUCUGGCACUGCAUCCAGCAUGUGCCUGCUGUUGCAUGGCACUGCCUAUCAGCGGUUUUUAUUGGGUUUUCAGUAAACGCAUGGCAGCAGCUGAAAUAAAAACUUGUGUGAUGAACAGUCAUUAAACAAUCAACGCCACUCCCUUACGCUCACCCUGUUUCUUCCUAGUCUUGUGUGAGUUGCUCCCUUCUAGAAAAUAGGUAUAAAACAAAUCUGGGCUCACAUCUCUUUGCACACUUCUCAUAGUAUAUGGGCUGUUGUUUUUGUUGGCAUCCGUCUGACUCGAUAGACAAUGGAGUCCUCCUCCAGGGCUGAAGUCAAACCGCUGUGUUGGCAGUACUGAAGUGACCCCCGGGGUGAAAGCCUGGCCAGUGUGCAUGGAGGUCCUGGGCUGCCCAGAUGGAAGACCCCCCUCUUGGACUCACUGGUGUGGUCCAAAGGAAAGCAGAGCAAUACAUUUGGUGAAGAGUCUUCUGUCUAAAACCCUGUUACAUGGAAGAUGGAAUAAGUUUGUUUUUUCCUGCUCCAGAGGGUAGGGCUUGAAGCAAUGGCUUCAAGUUACAAGAAAGGAGACUCUGACUAAACAUCAAGAAUAACUUUCUGACAGAUAAGAGCAGUUCAGCAAUGGAACAGACUCCCCCAGAAUGUGGUGGACUCUGUUCCUUGGAGGUUUCCAAGCAGAGUUUGGUCAUUGAUCCUUAGUUGAGGUUCUUGCAUUGCAUGGGGUUGGCCAAGAUUGGGUUCCCAACUCUACAAUUCUAUGUUCCUGGAGGGCUGCUGCCAUGAGUGUAGACCAGGCAUCCCCAAACUGCGGCCCUCCAGAUGUUUUGGCCUACAACUUCCAUGAUCCCUAGUUAACAGGAUCAGUGGUCGGGGAAGAUGGGAAUUGUAGUCCAAAACAUCUGGAGGGCCGAAGUUUGGGGAUGCCUGGUGUAGACAAUACUGAGCUUAGAUGGACCAAUGGCCUUGACCUCCAUGUAAGGUAGCUUCCUAUGUUCCUGUAUCUGUUGCAAUAGGACCUCACACAUUUAUAGAACAAGAUAUUGGGUCAUCAUGAGAGCCUACUGAUCUAGACACUGUCUGUUUUCAUUGUCAAGAGGGCUGGAGCUUGGGAGAGACCUGCUGUUUCAGCAGUGAACCGGUUCAGAUGGAUAGCUGCUGAUCCUUGCUAUGUCCACACUGGUUUCUGAAUGUUGCAGAAUACCCUGUUACCCCGUUAGCAGGGGGAAGUCUUUUGUAGGAACAAGAUUGGCCAAGUUUCUCCAACUGCGCCAGUCUGCAGGGGGCUGAGGAAGUGUCCCGUAAAAAUCUGGUGGUUGACCUACAACUCACACUUGGGGGCUAGCGUUUUGUGUGGUGGAAGAGUAGAUACAGUAAUGUAUUUGACCCUGAAGGCAUAGCUGCAGAUCAUUUCCUGAAGUGAGGAGGGUAGUAAAACUGCCUUACCCUGAGUCACACCAUUGAUCCAUCCAGCCCCGUAUUGUCCACAUUGAGUUCAGGCAGCUCUCCAUCCCUACCUGAAGAUGCCAAGGACUGAAACUUGGAAAGUUGUGCUGUACCACUGAACUUACGGCCCUUGAGAGAAAGGGGAAUUUCACACCUCUUUGCCUUUUUGUGUUUUAAAACAGCUCCACUGCCCUCCUGUUGUUUCUGGAUACAAUCCAGAGUGCUGUUUUUAACUUUCAGGCACCCGUGGGGCACAGGUAUCUAAAGGACUGCCCACUCCCAUACAAACCAGCACAGGCAUUUGGGGGUCCUCAUUGGAGGCUGUUCUCUGGGUGUCUCCCAACACUGGAGGGGCAGCGGGUAGUAAAUGUGUUGGGUGACACCCUUUCAGAGGGCAACAUCCAACCACAGCAUAUCUUCUCCACAGAGAACAGGUGCAGGGUUAAGUUUUAGGUGCUUGAUGGCUGCUUUUCUAGCACACCAUUUUGAUCUGACUCUUUUAAACUUUAAAAAAACUCUGUGUUGUUUCUAUUCCACAACUGCUUUUGUUUUCAGUUAUUCCCCACUCCCCACAAAUGAUUUCCAACGUACGGUACAAAAAAUUAGAAGUGAGAGAGACAGAUAUCUUCGAAAUGGACUGGAAAAAUCUCAAAAUGUCAUGCUUGUGCCUAGGAUCCUGAAGUAUUUCUCCUGCUGGUUGUGUGUAGUUUAGUCUUAAAACCUCACGGUGCCGUUUUCCUGUUUGGUGUAUGUGCACAAGGGAGGAGUUGCCUGGGAGCCUGCAUAGAUGUAGCUUUUUGCCAUCAAAAUGCUAUGUCUCUUUCGAGCUUCUGAUUUUAUUUUAUUUUAAAACAUAAGCUAGGCAGACAUGGUUGAUGAUUCCCCCUUCCCGUUUCUUAUUGGAGCUUAGCGGCCCAUGAAAAUCCAAAUACGCUUUUAGUUUAGAGAAAUGCACAAUUGCAAACAAUAAGUGACUUUUUCAAAAUGCCCUCCAGCGACGGCAAUUUCUCCUUGCGCACAAAGCAGUCCUGUUUACAACUUGGGAGAGUUAUGUUAAGUGGUUUUUCCAGCAGAUAUUUUUGAAUCCUUUGAAGCUGCCUCCUAGCCAUACAAGCCUAGAACAUAGGUGCGAAAACCACAGGGGUGCCAUUUGCUGCUCAAAAGACCUGUUCUUUCCUUGAGGGCAGUUUAUUUUGCUAGUUGUUUUCCAGAAAACCCACAUUAUGCCCCCCCUCCCUUGUGAGCAGUUUGUGGGUUCAAAGGUCACAGUAACUUAAACGUGUGCUUUUCUGUGCAUUUGGCUGUCUGGAGGACCGUAGGAACUGAGCUGCGUGAUUGGGCUGAAUUAACUGUGUCUGUUGCGUUUCUUGUACUGCAUUAUUUUCCAAAAAAGAAAAUAAAAAUGUGUUAAAGAAACCUGAUUCCUAUUUGGAAUUUUCCCAACCUUGCAUCCAAAGCCAUGGGUUGUACCCAACGGAGUUGUCUAUUUAGUGCAAGGGCUCCCCCCCAUCUCCCCCCCCACACGUCCCCUUUUCCAGCCCAGGUCUGCUCCAGAGGGUUGGUGGAAAGACGGGCAGGGAGAUGACACAUCCUUGGCUUCUUUAGAUACAACAGAUCCAAGGACUUUUCAGAGGUGAUAUGCUACUCAAUAGCAGUUGGUAGGAAUCGCAAGUGGGGAGAGGGGCUGUUGCGCUCAGCUCCUUUGUUCAGGCUUCCCAUUGAGGCAUCUGCUUGACCACUCUGAGAGCAGGAUGCUGGACUAGAUGAGCUGCUCCCUGUACCCAGCCAGAAGCCAGGCACUUUUGAUGUUCUUAACGGUUGGAUUUCUGCCCUUUGCUGCCGCUUCCUACACAGGAAUCUACCUUGUGCUGAGUCUGAUUGGUCUGUCUAGAUCAGUCUUAUCUACACAAAUGUUUCUAAAAACUUGGGUCCUCAGCUGUUGUGGGGCUACAACUCCCAUUGCCCCUGGUUGCAGGACUAGUGGUCAAGGUCAGGGAUGGUGGGAGUUGUAGUCCAAUAACAGCUGGGGACCCAAGUUUGAGGAACACCGGUCUACACUGAUUAGCAGUAUUCUCCAGGGUUUCAGACCAGGAGACUUUACCAGUCCUACCUGGGAUUUAACCAGGGACCUGUUGCAUACGAAAGCAGAUCCACAAGCAGCCCCAGGACUCUCCAGACUGCAGUUUGGAAACCACUGGUCUGGCGGCACGCUUAGUUUCUUCUUAUCUCCUUUCCUUGCCUUUUUCCAUCUUCGGCCAGGAUUUUACCCUAGCAGUCUUCCUGCUUUGGUAACACUGAUUUUUCCGAGUGUGUGUAUGUUUGCUUCUAUCUGCUUGCGGUUUUCUCUUUAAGUUUGUGGUUUUGAGCGGCAACGUCAAAUGACACUCUGCUGGAGAAGGUCUUGCUGAUUAGAACCAGCUAACUUGUGGGGGAAAGUGACCGUAAUGCUACUGAGGUCAUGAGGGUUUUCAAAACAGCAGAAUGCGGUGGGUGUAACAGCUGCAAAAAGCGACGUGUUUAGAUGACGCCUGGAGUUGGGCUCUUGCCAGUUUUUAAAAGAUAAUUGGUUGUAAUUCGGCAAGCUGUGCGCUGGUUUUGUGGUGCUUGGAUGCAAACCUGCAUCUGUCCUGAUGGGAGCCAGAGAGGACACUCGUGAUUCAGAAUUCAACAGAUGACACCGAAUAAAGAGAGACUGAUGAAUGACCACGUAAGCUGCCCUUGUGAUUGCUCAUGCAUUCCAACAGAGUCCACACACCACUGCUCUUGGUAUUAGAUCAGAAGGACUGCUUUGCUAUGUCAAGCCAGUGUCAACCUAUCCCAGCACCUUGUCUGCUACUGUGAACAGCCAGUGGCCUCCAGGAGCUUACUAGCAGAACUUGAAAAAGAUGGUCACCUCUAUAUCAGGGGUCGGCAAGGUUUACCUUGCCUAGGCUGGUUCUCUAGUGGAGAUCCCUCCGUGGGCCGGAUUAUGAGUGCGCCCUUCCGCGAUUACUGGCGUUUGUGUCUACACAUGUGCAGACGCGAUUUCCAGCGCACCAAAAGCAAGUCCCCACGUUGCGCCAGUUUAGUGCACUGCACGGGGACUCGCAGAGCAAGCCACUCGGUUCAGGGGUGGCUUGUGGACCAGUUAUAUGACCCCCGUGGACCGCUUGUGGCCCAUGGGCCUUAGGUUGCCGACCCCUGCUCUACAUCAGCCUUCCCCAACCCUGGCAACCUCCAGAUGUUUGGGGCUGUGAUUCCCAUCAGCUGUGUUGGUUGGGGUUGAUGAGUAGUGUAGAUCCAAAAUGGGUGGCACAGGACCUGUAAAUUGUACCUCUGCAUAGCCAGACCUCCGGUGAGUGACAGGCGCAGUCCCUGCGUUUGUUUGUUUAUUAAAUUUGUAUACCGCCCUAUACAAACAGGGCAGUUCACAACACAAAGGUAAAGGUAAAGGUACCCCUGACCAUUAGGUCCAGUCGCGGACGACUCUGGGGUUGCGGCGCUCAUCUCGCUCUAUAGGCCGAGGGAGCUGGCGUUUGUCCGCAGACAGCUUCUGGGUCAUGUGGCCAGCAUAACUAAGCCACUUCUGGUGAACCAGAGCAGCGCAUGGAAACGCAAAGUUACAGCAGCACGAAAUACUUAAUAAAAAUAAUUAUGACAAAUUACAAUGCUACAGUCGUACUUCGGUUUAUGGACACAAUUCGUUCUGGGGAGCCGUUCGCUCCCUGAGCAGUACUUAAACGGAGCGUCUGUUCCGCGCAUGUGCAAAGCGCCGAUAGAGCGCUUCUGCGCAUGCGCGCGCCGUGCAGAGCGCUUCUGCGUAUGCAUGUGCUGCGCAGAUCGCUUCUGUGCAUCUGCAGGUCGCGGAACCCGGAAGUAAACACUUCUGGGUCCGCGGAGUACUCAAACCGAGAGUACUCAAACCACAGCGGACUUAAACCGAGAUACGACUGUAAUGUAAAUAAACUAAUAAAAAAUAUGCUCCCCAACAGAAGCCUCUAAACAACAAUCCCCCACCCCACCGAUACCAAUACAAAAAUCCAAACUAACACGUAACAUUUAAAAACAAGAAAAUAAGGAUAAGGUUAAUCAUUUUAUUUGCUUUUUUUUAGUUCUUGAAGUUCUUGAUGGUGGCAAGUCCUACUUUUCCAGUUUACCUCUUUCUUUCAGAGAUGUGUGGUGGCCAAGAAAAAUAAACCGGUACUUGCUCAUUAGCUUUGACAUGAGGCACAAAUAAGCUUGACAGCUUCGGAACAACUGAUGCUAUCAAUAGUGGGGAUUGUCGUCACUCUUGUGGUUUGUGGUGAUCUCUUUAUUAUGAUUUUGGAGAUAAUAAGGGCUUAUUCAUACAUGGUAAGGUAUGAAGGGUUUUCUCUGCCGUACUGAAAUUAACGCCCUGGAAUUCUUUUGAUAGUCAGGCGCACCCCGUUUUGGACCAUUCUGGCUCAUACAUAGAGAGAGCACUGUGGUGUCGUGGUUAGAGUGUUUGACUAGGACCUGGGAGAGCAGGGUUCUAAUCCCCACCCAGGAAUGAAACUCAUUGGAAAUGCCCUUCAAAGGAUUGUGCCGAACACCGAGGGUGCUGUGAUGUCUGAAACUGCGCAGAGGGGCUUCUCCCUGAAGCGUUUUUUAGGUGCCAAAGACCCCGUUGACCGCCGUGUGGAGCGAGAUAAGUUCAGGCAGGAGCCCCACCAGAGGACCAGGAUGGAUUGGCUGUGACAACCUGCCGCAGGUGGAGGUGGAGGGGAGAGUGAUGAUGAAGAGUUCCUGCCGAGCUGGCCUCCACCGGGAACUGCUGAAUUCCACAUCCUCUGCGUUACACCCGGUCAAACGAAUAUCUGGCAUGCACUUAAAGCCCUAUCUCAAGUUGCAGAAGAAAGAACGGCCUCUCGAAAUAAGCCUGGACCCUCCCCGAAGCCCACCAAUGAGCCAGCCGAGGUUGGCAGAAGAGGAGAAGCCCAGCAGCCCUGAGCCAAGCCUCUUUCCGACCCCCUCUCUUCGGAAGCCAUUGGGGACACUCUCCCCCAACACGAUCGGCAGCAGCAGGGGCCACGCGGAAGGGCCCGGCGGGAAGGAGAGGAGAGCUGCCCUCCCGGCCACCAUCCACCAGGGGGACGACGGAGAGGGGCCACUGGACAUCUGGGCCAUCGUGAAGCCGGGGAACACUAAGGAGAAGGUCGCCUUCUUUGCGGCCCAGCAAUGCGGCGACCGCAGCCGGGUGCUCUCCGUGAAGAACAAGAGCACCUGGGACAUCGACGGGAGGUCCACUAAGCGCAGGAAAAAGUCGCUGGAUAUCAAGAAGGCGAAGGUCCACCUGGAAAGGAUGAGGGAGGCAAGCGGGAGGUGCCACCAGCCUGAGCCAUUUGCCUGCGGCAUUGAGCACUGCUCUGUCCAUAAUGUGAAUGACGGCCUGGAGGGGGGUUUCCCGGGACGGCCCCUGUCGGUCGUCGAGAUGGUUGCUUUCUUGGAGCAAAGAGCCAGCGUCUUGCUGGCCGACUGCUCCAAAAACUGCCCCAGUGCCUCUGCUGUGACCAAGUUCCCUGGCCAGCCCAAAGCCACUCCCCUAGCCUCCCCUGGACCUUUUCCCACCUCGGGAGCCUGCGAAGCUCCCUCUGAAAAGGCAAGUUGUGGGGGGAGCAGCGGCGGCAGCAGCAGCAGCGAUGGGGAGCAGCAGGCAGAGCCCCUUCGAGUGCUGGACAUGGUGGCCAAGCUGGAGUCGGAGUGUCUCCGGCGCCAGAAUGAACGCGAAGCAGGAUCACUCUCGAGGAACAACAGCUUCCGGCGGAACGUGGGGCGGAUGCUGCUGGCAAGUGGAGCGCCCCCGGAGAACGACGCCAGCAAGGCGCCCCCAGAAGCUCCCAGCCAGGCAGAGCCCUGUCCACCGCUGGAAGGCCAGCUAUCUUCGAUCGCAGAUGCCCGCGCUGGUAACGGCCUUCUCAUGCUUGAGCAGGGAGGGUCAGUUUCCUCCAGCUGUGGCUGGCUCGGUUCUGAGAAGGCGAGCAAACCCACAUAUCCGGAAGCUGCUCAGGCGCCCCCACAUUCCUUGCACAGCAGAAAAGCGACGGUUGAUUGUAUGCCGAAGGAGCCAGCAACUCUUCCCAGCCUGGCUCCCAACACGCGAGUGAGAGAGUCCGUAAGCAUUAGCAUCUCCAUCACCAAGAGGGACGUCGGCUGCAGAGCCGCCCAGCCUUCCAACGCCACCUUGGGCGAAGACCCUCUUCCUGGCAGACUCUUCUUGCUCCUGUCCAGGUGUGAGCCCCCCCAGGAGUGCCUGCGCUCAGGGGAGACCCUCCCCGAAGAGUGCCGAGUGGGCCCUCAAGGGAAGGAAACCCCCCUGGGCGAUGAAGCCCUGCGCCUGCCCGCCCUCGCUCCUGGGGAGCCCCAGGAGGCGCCCUCGGAGAGUGCCCCGCAGGCCCUCGCCUCCUCGCGCCUGAAGCGGCAGAGGUCUCACGACUUCCUGGAGACCAGGUUCAAAAUCCAGCAGCUCCUGGAGCCGCAGCAGUACCUGCUCUUCCUGCCGCACCACAUCAUCGUGAAGAUUUUCGGGCUGCUGCCCACCCGGAGCCUGGUGGCGCUCAAAUGCACCUGCGGGUACUUCAAGUUCCUCAUUGGGUACUACAACAUCAGGCCGGCGGACUCCCGCUGGGUCCGCGACCCCCGCUACCGGGAAGACCCCUGCAAGCAGUGCAAGAAGAAGUACACCAAGGGCGACGUCUCGCUGUGCCGCUGGCACCCAAAGCCCUAUUGCCAAGCCCUGCCCUACGGACCCGGCUACUGGAUGUGUUGCCACCGGUCCCAGAGGAGCGUCCCCGGCUGCAGGCUCGGCCUUCACGACAAUCACUGGGUGCCCGCCUGCCACAGCUUUAACCGUGCUCUGCACAAGAAACCCAGGGAGGCGGAAGAGGACUGUUAGCACGCGCGCCCCCCCCUGGCGCAGUCUUUGCGGAGCCUCAUAUCCUAGGUGGGGAGGGGAAAAGAUGUUUUAUGCCUUGUGAUGUUUACACUGUAUAUAAUUUUGUGGGUGGUUUUUUUUUUUUUGUCCUCCCUCCCUCUCUAUUUCCCGCUUCCACAGGGCUAUGAAGAAACUGCACAUGACUUCUAAAUCACAAGAGCCUUUUUUUAACCUUUUAGAGAGAGAGAAAUAGCCCUUCCGUGUACAUAAUGCUCCCAGAAUCUCCUUGCCCAUCAGUGACUUGACAGGUGGUCCACCAACGUUGAAGAUCACUACAGCGCAGCUACAAGAGUGCUGCGGCUACAGGCCCGUGUUGUCGUCGUUGUAAAAAACAACAACAACUGUGUCUCAUUUUCAAAUCUGUAUAUCCUGUACAAAAAUAUACAUAUAUAAAUAUAUAUAAAUAUAAAUAUAUAUUGAAAAUUGUUUCUGGAAGGAAACUCUAAAUAGGUAAAAGAGGAAUCUUCGAAAAGAUGGUUUAACUGGACAACCUUAAAAAAAUAGGCUAGAACAAGUAUUUGUUAUAUCUUAGGGGGGCAGCAAGCAAAAGAGGGGUGUUUUUCUUGGAGCAGAGAGUGUUGAGAAAAAGCUCUGGCUUCCAAUGCCCACCUCACCUGGUUUUCGUUUCAUUUUUUUUUUUAACCUUAAAAUAAAAUGUGCAUUCUGAA